AUGCGGAAGACAAAGAAGAUAGAAGAAGAAGAAGAAGAAGGAGAAGAGGGGCUUCUUGGAGGUGAAGAUGCUAAAUUUGGUUCUUACGAUUCUUCGAAGACGAAAGUUCCACCACCAGCAGGAGCUACAGAAGUGAAGAUAAAGAUGACGAAGCAGCAGCUGGAGGAGUUGAUGGGUAGGGUGGAGCUGAAGCAAAUGACUGUGCAACAGGUUUUGGCACAGUUGAUCAUGAGCGUCAGUAGUAAUAGUAGUGAUCCAUACGAGACUGAUAAUCAAUGGCCGUGGAGGCUUGUCCUUCAGAGCAUUCCUGAGGUCAAUUGA